AUGUUCUUUCUCGUCCUCGGCGUCCUGCUGGGCGCAGUAAUCGUCUACGCCUACAAGGCCGAAGCGGCCCUCUCGGCGCCCUGGAUCCCCACCGCCGCAGCCCGCCUCUUCGCCCAGCGGCCCCUGCCCCCGCCGCUCGACGACACCUUCCUCUCCUCGCCACGAUACACCCUCCCGCUACGCGCAAGGGGGCGCGACAUUGUCGAUGCAAACGGCACGCGCUUCAAGCUCGCCAGCGUGAACUGGUACGGCGGCUCGGACGAGCUCUUCGUGCCCGGCGGCCUGGACGUGCGCCACCGCGACGACAUCGCCCGCACGAUCCGCGCCAUGGGGUUCAACUCGGUGCGCCUGCCGUACUCGGACGAGCUGGUCAUGUCCAACCCGGUGAUCCUGCCGCACCUGCUGAGCGCGAAUUCGGACCUUGUCGGCGGCAGGGCGCUGGACGUGUUCGCGGCGGUCGUGGAGGCGCUGACGGCGCAGGGCAUCGCGGUCGUGGUGAAUAACCACAUUACCAGCGCGACGUGGUGCUGCGGGGCGGACCCGUGCGAUGCCGGGUGGGCCAACGACCACCUGCCGGCGAUGCUGUGCCGGGUGAGGCAGACCGAGGAAGAGUGGAUCCAGCAUUGGGAGAAGGUCAUGGCGAGGUUUGUGAACAACAGCCUAGUGAUUGGGGCGGACCUGAGGAACGAGGUGAGGGGGGUGUGGGGGACCAUGACUUGGGAACGCUGGGCGACGGCCGCCGAGAGGGCGGGCAAUCGGCUGCUCAGGAUGAACCCGGACUGGUUGAUCUUUGUGGGCGGCACCGAGUCGCAAAAUGACCUCUCCGGGGUGGCCAGGCGGCCGGUGGUGCUAGACGUGCCGAAUCGGGUGGUCUACUCGGCCCAUGUCUACUCGUGGAGCGGGUGGGGGAGUAUGGGCGGCCGGUACGCCAAGCGGACAUACCCGAGCUUCGUCCAGUCGAUGCGCAAGAACUGGGCGUACCUCGUCGAGGGGGGCGUCGCGCCGGUCUGGGUCGGCGAGUUUGGAGCGCCGGGGAAGCCCGGCCAGGGCGACGCCAACUACUGGCAGAACCUGCUGCGCUAUCUCAAGGCGAUCGAUGCCGAUUUCGGGUACUGGGCCAUCAACCCAAGGAAGCCAAAGGACAACGAGGAGGAGACAUACUCGUUACUCGAGGACGACUGGGCCACGCCGGUGCUGGACUACAGGAUGAAGGACAUGACCGAGUUGAUACGGGCAGGCAGGAGAUAG